AAUUCUGUGGCGCUUUUAUAAUUCCCGAGAAAUCCAUAUCGAUUUUGGCGGUCAAAUGAAGCCGGAGACUCUCCUCCGACGACCGCAGACGAAUCGGAAACUAACCACCGGCUGUAAAAUUCUCGACGGAUGUCUUCGCGGCGGGAUUCCCUGCUAUUCUCUGACGGAAAUCGUGGCGGAGAGCGGCUGCGGAAAGACACAACUCUGCCUUCAGCUCUCGCUCUGUGCCCAGCUUCCGAUUUCACUCGGCGGACUCAACGGUUCUUCUCUUUAUCUCCACUCCGAGUUUCCUUUCCCUUUUCGCCGUCUUCAUCAGCUAUCUCGAUCGUUUCAUCAAUCAAACCCUAGCAUUUACGCGAAUGACAAUGAUAACCCAUGUGAUCAUGUCUUUGUUCAAAAUGUUCAUUCUGUAGACCACCUGUUCGACAUAAUGCCUAGGAUUGAUGGGUUUAUUAAGAAUUCGGGAAAUAGGUUACCUUUGAAGCUGAUUGUGCUUGAUUCUGUUGCGGCGUUGUUUAGAUCGGAAUUUGAUAAUACUCCGUCUGAUCUAAAGAAGAGAUCUUCUAUGUUUUUCAAGUUAUCAGGGAAGUUGAAGCAGUUGGCUAAUAAGUUCGGUUUGGCUGUUGUGAUUACGAAUCAGGUUACUGAUUUGGUUGAAACGUCUGAUGGGUUAAGUGGGUUGAGGAUUGGGAAUUUGAGAUUUUUGUGUUCCUCUGGUAGACGAGUUGUUCCUGCUUUAGGCUUGGCUUGGUCUAAUUGUGUGAACUCUAGAUUUUUCAUCUCACGAAGUGAUGAGACUAUCUGGAAAGAGAGAAGUGAAAAUGAUGAGAGCGGUUCGAGUUAUGUGUCUAGAAGAGCUCAGAGACGGUUUGAUAUUGUUUUUUCACCUUAUUUGCCUGUGACUUCUUGCGAGUUCAUGAUCACACGAGAAGGCAUUUGUGGGGUUCAAGCGUAGGUGAACUCUUUGGUGCUAUGUAAGAUCAUUUUUGUUCGAAGCAUCACGAGUCUUUUUUUUGGAGUUUCUGUGCAUUGUUUAUGUAGAUUGCCGAGGGAUUUAUUCAAAGCCGUUCUUUUAGAUUUCUCCUCUUAUUAAGGUGUUAUAGAGAAAUUUAUUGUCCUCAAAUAAACAUUGUAUGAACAAUUCCUUGUGGUAUUGCCUUCUGAAAGAUUCCUAUGCAUUUA